AUGGUUUUGCGGCCGAUCAUAUGCCCUUCAAUUCUCAAUUCCGACUUGGCAAAUCUUGGUGCAGAAUGCAAAAAACUUUUGGCUGCUGGUAAAUCAUUUUUCCACAUUUUUGUUGAGUCGCUGAGAAAAGAUCUUGGACCUGGGCCAUUUUUUGAUGUGCAUCUUAUGGUGGCUGAGCCAAACCGCUGGGUCAAAGACAUGGCUAAAGCAGGAGCUAAUCAGUUCACAUUUCACUAUGAAGCUGUGAAUGAGAAA